AUGACAGCUGCAAAGUUAGAAGAAGCGAAUGGAAAUAUUCACAUGGUUGAAAAGAUUAUUGAUCGUGCGAUUUCAUCAUUAACUGCUAAUGGAGUUGAAAUAAACCGUGAACAAUGGAUGCAAGAAGCAAUGGAAGCUGAAAAAUCAGGAGCUGUUCGUUGUUGUCAAGCAAUUAUUAAGUCAGUGAUUGCUGUUGGUGUUGAAGAAGAAGAUCAGAAACAAACAUGGAUCGGUGAUGCUGAAAAUUGUGCAAAAGAAAGUGCAUUUGAAUGUGCACGCGCUAUUUAUGCUUAUGCUUUACAAAUCUUUUCAAUGAAGAAAAACAUUUGGUUACGAGCGGCAUAA